CUUGGACCUGACGCACACGACGACAAUGGAGGUCGACUUACCUGUGGAAGAUCACCAUGAAGGAAUCACGGAGCUUACGGAAACAGACGGAAGAGCCGGUGGUGAUGAUGCAUCCUCGCUCCCAGAGCAUGUCGUCGGUGACGGACCUGCCUCGUCGGACCAUGCCGACCACGUGUGUGACCACCCCGUUCCAGAUCUGCACGAACCGUCAGUGGCGGGUGAUUCCUCCAAAACACAAGUCGUCAUGAAUGUCGAUGGUGUGUCAUCGUCGUCGUCGCCGCGCUGUCAGUCGUCCCCCGUGCAAGGCGAUUCCAACAUACACACGUCAUCCCUUGAGACGCAUGCAGUCAAUAGCUCCACCCAAGAUCAACAUGUCCGUCCGCCACCACCCAUCAACAACCAUGACGAAGCUGGAAAGUUCUACACCGUCGACUUAACGCACUCCACGGCACAUGCCACGUCUCCUCUGGCAUCGUCCGUCACAUUCCGUGAUCGAAUGCGCCGAUGGGUCCAACGAGCGCUCGUCGCCAGUGGACGCGCGAAUCCAUCCGCGGACGAGUACUUUGAGCAGCAGAAAGACCGGUUCCUCGGCCUCUUGCAGCAUCUACAGGCCGUCCAAUCGAGUCUAAAGCGACAUGCAUCGCUCCUGACGCAGUUUGUUGGGUCUGCGUCGCAACUCGGCGUCGACAUCCGCUGUGUCGUCCAAGGGAGUGGCGAGAACGUCUUUUCGACUGCCAUGGCGAGCCAAGAAGCGCAAAUGACCGACGCGGACGCCACGUUGAGCGGUGCGCUGCGCAUCUUGGAAGGCCGGAUCCAACACAUGAAGUCGUUCCAUGAAUGUUUGUCACGACGAACCAAUUUGAAGCUGGAUGUGGACAGUUUUGAACGACGCGUGGAUGCAAGGAAGGGCGUAAGUGGACAAUGGUGGUCUCCAUGAACGUGUGGCUGAAGAUGAUUGCGCGAGUAGCGCGGGGACACGAGCGCAUUAGAAGCGAAGGCGAUGGAAGCGCGAGUGGCAAUGGAUGCGUGUACGCUAGGAUUGUAUCGCGUGUUUGCAAAGUAUGAAGCGGACCGCCGCUCGAUGCUGCACACCGAGCUCGACAUGGUGCUUCAAGGUCUGCACUCGAUGUACACCAAGAACGCGGCAAUGACGGCCCCGUCGUCUGCUGCCCCUACCGAUGUAUCCUCAUCCACCACCAAGAAGGACGAGGACGAGUUGUUUAACAUGAUGCGAGCUCGAGGGCAGGUGACCAAACCAGGCGCAUGCGAUGGAACCAACAACGGGGGGGAAGAGUAGUUUACAAGGUGGAAUUUAUAAUAGGCGCAUCAAUCUUACGGCAGCACGACGCUCUUCACGCUUAGGUUUGACGAAGUCGACGGAGCGGCGGCAGUCGUCGCAGUGGAUGGUGCUGAUUUUGGUAGUUUGCCAAUGAUAUGCAAUGCAGACGUGUAACCAUACCCUUGGGAAGUUGGGAGGCUCGACAACAUGCCCCAUGUGUCGUAGAUAGUAGGCGAGGUGGCAUGCGAGGCCUUGUCAUCGAUAGGGAAGGAACCGACGGUCCAAAGCCGCGUGACAUCUCGGCGUCGACGCGUCGAGUCACUGAAGGGUCUGCAUGAUGGCUUGGCGCGCCGAAGAAGGAUCGAAGCGACGGAGCGCUGCAUGUUGCUAGGACGUCGGUGAUUUCAGAAUGCGCAAAGGGGAAUUCUGGGCUUUGAGGAAACGAGAAUGUUGGCG